GUCUCUUUCCAUCUCAUGGUCUCUCGUUCGUCUUCGUCCCCAAUCCCCUACACAAAAUAUCUCCUGGAAAACAUCUUCCAAUCGACAUGGACGUUUUUCCUCACAUCACAGGAAAGUUUCUCAGCGAUGUUCUAGGGAUCAUUAUCGCUGAUGGUCGGGAGGAUCUUCCCGUUCUGAACCCGGGUGUUGGUUACUGGGUUGACAAAACCACUGUUACGUGGUUCAAGUUCAAUUACGAUCUCUCUGUCGCGAUUGCAGAGAUACUCAAGCAGAACUGGCACCAUGAGUGGCCAACGUAUCACUUGAUUCCCGCCGAUGUUAAGGAACGAUGGUUUAUCCUCCUCGCGCGUAAAUACACGUGGGAUCCAACGAAAACAUUCACGGUUUGGACCCAGUUCAAUUUCGUGGCUAGAACGAUAUUCCGGGACCAGAUGCGUGCGUUUAUGGGGAUAUGGGCGCGUAGUCGCGAUAAGCCCGAGUGGAUGGAUCUAAUAGUGUGGGAUAAUUUAUGCGAUAUGUUUGCCGAAUUUGCCCUAUUGUUCCGUCGUUAAACUUCCUUGUACUGUCGUAUCCUCUUUGAACUUCCGUGUAAUGAACUUCUAUGAUUAGCUUUCCUUAUGACUUUUGUUAAAUUUGAUCAGAUUUCCAUUGUUAUGAACUUCUAUGGCUUCUAUGCUCAGAUUUCCAUUGUUAAAUUUUAUUAUUAAUACUGUCGUAACCUGACCACGAAUUAAUCUACGUUAAGUCA